UAUCGGUGGGUGCAUAUAUACGUCCCCGUCACGGGCGCCAGAAGAUAAAAAAAGGAAGAAGAGGAUGAUACGUAACGGCGUGACGGAAAGAAAAAGCGGGAGCGAAUAGACAGAGAGGGGGCCCGGCCGUCACGUCGUCUUCCUCCUCGCUCCAUUAGAGCCGAGCUCUCGGGUCUCCGCCUCUGCUCGCCUCCCACUGUUAUCGGAGGCGCUGCGGACGAAGCAGCGGCACUAUGCGUCCGUCCCUCUGUCAUGUUCCUUUUCUUCUUCUGCUACUAUUACAUGUGGUCAUUGCUAGACCAUUCUUUCCACUGCCAAGUAAGACCAGUAAUGAAGAGAAGAAGCCCAUACAGACAUUUCGACCGUAUAACAUUGCUCACCGUGGCUCAAACGGGGAAAUCCCAGAGGAAACAAGUGCUGCUUACCUGAGGGCUAUUGAAGAAGGUGCAGAUUUUAUAGAGACUGACAUCCUUGCUAGCAAAGAUGGUGCAUUGAUCUGCUUUCAUGAUGUAACACUUGAUGAUACAACUGAUAUUUCCGGCCGUAAGGAAUUCGCCAAUCGAAGGAGAACCUAUGAGGUGGAAUGGGCCAACGUUACUGGCUGGUUUGUAGUGGAUUUCACGCUUGAGGAACUUAAAACACUUAAAGUGAAGCAGCGAUACUCAUUCAGAGAUCAACAAUAUAAUGGCAAAUUUUCAAUCAUCACAUUUGAAGAAUUCAUUUCAGUUGCCUUAGAUGCAAGCAGAACCGUUGGAAUAUAUCCAGAGAUAAAAGAUCCAGUUUUUAUCAACAAGCAUGUAAAGUGGGCAGAUGGAAAGAAGUUUGAGGACAAAUUUGUGGAUACCUUACUAAAGUAUGGAUACAGGGGUCAAUAUAUGUCCGAAAAUUGGCUAAAACAGCCAUUGUUUAUACAAUCAUUUGCUCCCUCUUCCCUUGUACAUGUAUCAAAUUUGACAGACUCUCCGAAGAUCUUUCUGAUUGAUGAUACCACAGUGAGAACUCAAGACACAAACCAGUCAUACUGGGAAAUCACUUCAGAUGACUACCUUGCAUAUAUUAGUAACUAUGUUGUCGGCCUCGGUCCAUGGAAAGAUACUAUUGUUCCAGUUGCAAAAAACUAUUUGCUGGAACCAACUGAUCUUGUUGCAAGAGCGCAUGCUCAUAAUCUCCAGGUACACCCUUACACAUACAGGAACGAGAACCAGUUUCUGCACUUCGACUUUCAUCAGGAUCCCUAUGCCGAGUUCGAUUUCUGGAUAAAUACGAUGGGGGUUGACGGAUUAUUCACAGAUUUCGCUGGAAGCGUACACAAGUACCAAGAACUGAAAUCUCCACACCCGAAGGACGCAACCGCGAACAGCCUCCUAGUAAAAAUUGCUCAGUUGAUCGCGGCAUACGAAGGCCACUGAAUAAGUCUGUUCCAGCAAAAUCACUGCCAUUUUCAGUGAUGAUGCGCAAGACCCAAAUGAGUUGACAUUUGACGACCGCAGUGACCUGGAAAGGUCACUAAUAGAUGUUGGUUUACGCUGUUAUAUAGUGUUAACACGAGUUCAUGUAUACCUCUUCAUUGAACCCCUGAAUCUCAAGGGGGAGAUCUUUAUUAUCGCAAUAACCAUUUUUUUCCGGAAGGUUUCCACACGAAA